CCCGGAAUUAGCUAUUCGUGUCUUGACCAAGAGCUUGGCUUGUUUUGAUUUGGAACUUUUUUUACGAGGUGUACAUACUAUCUGUGCCUGCUACUGUAGCAAGACUUCGUGAUCGCUCCAGUCGCCGAUCUGCCCGCUGUUUCACUACUCACGGCUGCCUGCGUUUCAGAUCACCCACAGGUCUCGUCCCUGAUUCCGCGCAACGAGAUACCUUACACCUCCUCGAGGAAAGCUUGAAGUUCGACGAUUGAAAAUAAUGGCUGAUGACGAGGGUGCUUCUCCCCGCGAGCUGGUCGUGGAAGCCUGCCGCCGCGAUCAACCACACCUAAUUGAGCAAGUCCUGCACGACAUGGAAAACCAAUCCAAUGAAGACGUGGCCAAAUUCUUCAACGAAGUCACGGAUACCAUGGGAAACCACGCUUUGCACAUCUGCGCGAGCUACGGCAGCUACGACGUGAUGGACGCGCUUUUUGAUAUCCAAUACUUCGAAUGCGAUCCUCUCACCCGCAUCGACAAGGACACCCCCCUCCACACCGCCGUACGCUUCGCCAACGAGAAGGACGCCGAGUUGGGCGCUGAGAUGAUCGCUAUGAUGUGUGAGGCUGGUUGUGACCCACGCGUGCGCAACAAGCACGGGCAAAAACCGGCUGAUUUGGUCUAUGAUAAGCCCGCCAUUAAGCAGACCCUCGCAUCGGCGGAGUAUAUCUUGGCGGAGGGCAUUCACAACGACGAGGGCAAUGGUUCGAUUCAUGAUAGUGCUAGCGACAGCGAAUGAACUGGGUAGAAAUAUCCUGGUAAUUUAUAGCGGUGGCAUGCCUAGGCAGGCUGGGAUCGGGUUCUCAGGGCCGUUGGGAUGAAUUCUCGGGAGAUGCUGUCUUUGAGCGUUGGUCUGUAUUUAUUGUCUGACCAUACAAUUUUGCACGUUAGACUUGGCCUUUUACAAGUGUCUAGUUUUCUUUCAAGGCUAUGAUGAUUACGAAUAAACUCCAUUACAUUUUUGAA